AUGGAGAAGAAACCCAAUUUCAGAAAGAAGGGCUAUGACCAAUAUUUGUCCAUCUUCGUCUUGUCCUUCCUCUUUUGCUACAUAGUCCUUAACCUCCAUUUCUUUGCCUCUGGUGGGGCCAAGAGUGCGGUCUUCUCUCUAUUCAUAGCCACCACGAACUUCCAGCUCAUUCCUGCGUCCCAACUGCAACCGAUGAGAGGAGUAGUGUGGAUCCUUGUUCGGGUUGAUAAAUCUAUGUUCGCAAUCUACCCCACCGGCUUCGGGCCCAAGUUUGACAGCCCAAGAGAGAUCCUCUCCAAUGGUAGUUGGUACUCCACGUGCCAGUUCUUCCUCGAGCCCAUAUUCGAAGCCCGGAUGAAGCAACACGGGUGCCUUCCAAAUGACUCUUCCUUGGCCUCAGCCAUUUACAUUCCAUUCUACGCGGGCCUCGAUAUUGGCAGGUGCAUCCCCGUUUUCUUCCACCCAGGGUCAGCUUAUGUGCAGUAUUUAUGUUACUUCCCAAGUAACUACACCAAGUACUCAGUAUUUAUACCCGAGGAGGAUGUGAGGAGCCGGAGAGUUAACAUUCGUCGGAGGCUGAUGUGCAUCUUGAGCAUUGAAGUGGAGGCGAUGCGAGAGGAGGUGAUAGGGAUGAUUCCUAGGAUUGUGUAUGCAAAUCCUAGGAAUGGUGGAUUGCCUGACUUUGAGGAUGCUUUUGACGUAGCAAUCAAGGGGGUCCCUAGGAGGAUAGAGGAACUAGGAGGAGGAUUUCUGAAAGGAAGGAUCCCAGUCUUGAGUUUUCUGAUUGGGAUAGGAGGAAAUUGA